GUAAACAACUGAUGUUUUAGAUGAUAUAAUAGCUUAAACAAAAUUGUCAUUUUUAAAAAAAAUUAUUUGGUAUUGUUUCGUUUUAUGUGAUUUUUCACUAAACAAAACAUAAUACAGUUAGAUAGAAUAUAAUUGUUGAUUAUUUAUUACAUUUACCGACUCCAUAAAAAAAAUACGAGAAAAAAGGUCAUUUGAUUAUUAAUAUGGAUAUAGCUGAAGGUAUAACUCCUGAGUAUUUAAAAUUAGCGCAAAUUAAAUUUUGUUUAACUCUUCCACAAUAUAAAAAUGAUCGUGAUCUUAAUUCACGUCUACUAGCUGGUAUUAUAGCUAAUAACAUGGCACCAUAUUAUAAAGAGGUUUGUGCUGAUUUAGGUUGGGAUUUUGAUCAUUCUUUAUAUGAAAAUUUAGCUGCAAAUAAUGCUAAAAGAAUGGCUGAGCUUGAACAAGAAAAAAAUCCCACUAUGGUUGAUGAUGAUGAUCCAGUUUCUGGAAUUUGGCAAGCUAAACUGCAGUAUUUAUGUUCAAUUGGAGAUCGAAUUGAAGCUACUAAGUUAGCUGAAUCGAAAUUAGAAGAAAAAAAUAUACCUAAGUCUCAACAAAUCGAUACUGUAUUUGCUUUAUUUAGAGUAGCAUAUUUCCAUGGAUGUGAUAUUCUUGCCAUGAAAAAAGCUAUAGACAAAGCAACAGAAUUAAUUGAGGGUGGAUCUGGAGGUGACUGGAGUGCGAGAAAUAAAUUGAAAGCAUAUGAUGGUAUAUGGAGUUUGGCAAUUAGAGAUUUCAACCGUGCUGCUAAGUUGUUUGUUGAUGUUGUACCAACUUUUGAAUCUUAUGAACUUGCAGAUUUUAGUACAAUAAUUAAGUAUACAGUAUAUUCAUCAAUGAUAGCUUUCCCUAGAUAUGAAUUGAAAAAAACACUUAUGCAUCAUGGAGUUAUGGCUCAAGCUUUAAAUUCUGAUUCCAAAGAACUGAAAGGCUAUUUUGUAUCUCUUUAUGAAGGACAGUAUUCAAAAUUUCUUGUUUAUUUAGCCCAAAUUGAAACAAAUAUGAAACAGGAUCCUUUGUUACAUCCUCAUUACAAGUUUUAUAUUCAAGAAAUGAGAUUAUUAGCAUACAAACAGAUAUUACAAGCAUAUAGAUCAUUGAGUUUGGACUAUAUGGCUGAAUCAUUCGGAGUAACUAAAGAAUUUGUAGAAAAAGAAGUAGCUCGAUUUGCUGCUGCUGGACGUCUAACAUGCAAAAUUGACCAUGUUGCUGGAGCGGUUGUAACUAGCAGUACAUCAAAAUGUAGUCUACAACUUGGAGCACCAGAAUCUAGAUUGGAGAGAGGUAUCUUGUACCAAACAACUGUGAAGAAAGGAGAUAUAUUACUUAAUAGACUUAAAAAAUUGGCUCGUGUAAUGGAUUUCUAAAAUUAUGUGAAUUUAAUUGUGUUUUUUGUAAUUUUUUCAACAAGUUCAUAACAUAAAUAGUAAGUUAUAAUUUAUUUAUUAAUAUUAAAAACCUUAGUUUCUUUAAAUCAAUGUGUUGAAAACCCAAAAUUCUAUCUAGGUAUAUAUUAAAUCUAUAGUUCUUAAAAUUAAAUAAACUUGUAGAAUAUGUACAUUUUAUCAAUUCAUUUAAUAAGUUUAAAUAAAACAUGGUUAAAAAAAAAUAAAUUAUUUUAAUGUUUAUUAUUUUUAAUUUUUUAAUUUGAUUUAAUUUAAUUUAAUUCUUAAUUUGAUCAAUUAAUAAAUUUAGAUUAAGAAGGGGUCAAUGACCUAGAGCCUAUCUAGAUUAUUACUAGGCUAGUUAUUAGUGAAAGAGUUUUACUGGUUUUAUUUUUCGCUCAUUUUUUUUAUGCUAGCAAUAUUUUCAAUAAGUGCUCAUCUCAAUGACCACUAUAAGGUUCAUAUAAGUCAUAAUACAGCUCUGACACAGUCACGAGUUCAAGGUUCAAUUACCAAUUUCAAAAAUAAAUAUAUUAUUUAGUAUUUAUAAGUAAUAAUAAUUCAAAUUAAUAGAAAUAUGUUACUAAAAAAUAAAAAUGUUUCAAUUAUAUAGUUAUUUUAAUAGAAAUAAUGGUCAACGAUAAAUCAGUAAUUAUGUAUCUUAAGCCACUUUAAAGUGUUCAGCAUCAGUAACGGCUUACACUGAAUUUUUUUUUGUAAAAAAGUCAACUGGUCACUUUUCGAUAGACAAAAAAUAAAAUAUUUAUACCAACUGAUAAUUAUCCCAAUUAUAGUGACUUCAAUAGAUAGUGAGCAUAAUAUUUACAAUUUUCUCAGAUAAAAAAAAUAUUAAAAAUUAAUACGGCCUGUUUCUCAUUAAAAUGAAAUAAUUUUUUAAAAUGUAUAUUGGUGAUUAGAGAGAACAAAAAUUCCGAAUAUUCCGAUAAAUAUAACAUUUGAUUUUUUUAAAAACUAGCUAAAGGAACAAAACAUAGAACAGGAUACAUAAAUGAGAUUAUUAAUAUAACAAAGUUAUAUAUGAAUUUAAAUGUUUUUCAGUUUCAAAAUAAAUUUAAUGAGCAAACUGAGGGCAUAGCAAUGGGAAAUCCACUAUCACCAUUUUUAGCAGAACUUUUCAUGAGUAGGUUUGAAACAAAUUCAAAACACUUAUGGUGAUUUUCCAAAAAAUUAGGUUAGGUAUGUAGAUGAUAUUUUUGCAGUUAUAAAUAAAGAUUUAAUAUGGAGGUUUCCAUACAACAUUUAAAUUCUUUUUACCCAUCGAUUAAAUUCACAUAUGAAGAAAAAGUAGAAGGAAAAUUGCGGUUUUGGAUUUAUUAGUUAAAAGAGCAGAGGGGGAACUAAAUUUUGAAAUUUAUCGAAAAAACACGUACAUUUUUAGGUAUAUUCCGAACAAAUCGAACCACACCUGGCAACACAAAUUAGCAGCUUUUAAUAGUAUGGUUUACAAAUUAAUUAAUAUUCCGAUGAAUAAAAUAGAUUUUGAUAAAGAACUGGUGGAUAUAAAAGAAAUAGCUAGAUUAAUGGGUAUAACAAAAACAUAAUUUCAAAAUUAGUCCGAACCCAAAAGUGGAAUAAAGAAAAGAGGGCAGCUAGUACGCUCACUAGUAGCGUGGGGGAACAAAAAGUAAUUAGAUCACCCAUUUUAUAUUAUUCGGGGAUCUCAAGUGGUCUAGUUAGAAUAUUUAAGAAUUUUGGUAUUACUUUAGUAACAUCAAAGAGUAAUAAUUUAAGAUAUUUAUUAGGUAACCCUAAAGAUAAGGUAGAUGAAGGGAAGUCAUUUAUAAAAUACAAUGUGAAAGUUGUAAUAAAUGUUACGUAGGAUAAACAAAAAGAAAUAUAGGGUCAGGUUUAAAGAACACUUAAGAAACAUUAAAAAUCAAGAAGUUGAGAAAUCUCCAGUGGCUGAACAUUUAUUGACACAUAAUCACUUCAUUAAAACCAUAAAACUAAUUAAAAUCGUAAAUAAUUACAAAGAAUUUAAUAUUAGAGAGGAAAUAGAAAUGUUUAAAAAUAAAAACAACUUAAUUAAUUGGGAUCAUGGCCCACUGAAAAAUUCAUUAUUAAACUUGUGUAAACUGGCAAAAUGUGAUAAUAUUACUUAGUGAUGACAUCAUUAUCUGAUAAGGUCACUAGGGGUAUAUAAAGGAGUUUAAUAUUUUUUAGCUUUUAAAUAAAUAAUAUUUUUAAUAUAGUUUUAAUUUUAUUUAACCUUAUAUUCUUAUGUUAAAUUAAUUUAGUUUACGUAUUACAACAAAUAGGUUUGUGCUCUAGACAUUUAGACACUCGCUUGCUACGCUCACUUGUCGCGUCUAUUUUGCUUAGCACACUAAAAAUAUUCUAGGUUUUAAGUGUACAGUAAACAUAAAUUAACAUAGAAACUUUUAAAGCACUUAAUACAAUAAAAGUUGACACGAAAAUAACUAAUAUUAUUAGUAAAUUUAGAUUUAAAUUAGAGGUGUCGUUUUAGAUUUCACUAGAAUGGAGCAAAUUUUUGAACAGCCCAUAAUUUUACAAUGAACGCUAUCACUCGUAGGUCAUCCUAUAACAACUUGUAACCUUUACAUUUUUUAUAAAAAUUGACAAAACAGAACUUUUUCUAAAAUAAUUUUAACAAUAAAAAAUAAAAACAAAUUGUAAAGAAUUAUCAAGGAAAGAUCUUUAGGAAUUAAAAAUAACAAUAAUAAUAUAUUUCUUAAUUAUAUACUUCAAUAAAAACCAUUAAUCUUAGCUAUUAAGACUAGGACCAAAGACCGAUAAACGUUAUUUUUUCCUUGAAUUUCAAUUUAUAAAUUUCGCAAUUAUACAUCAACUAUUUUUAUUGGAUGAAACUAAAGUGUAAACGUUAUACACAAAAUAAUUAGAUAUAUUUUCAUUUUAUUUUGAGGCUCGAUUUGUUUGAGUUACAUGUUUUAUAUUGAACGAUGAAGUAAUAAUUUGUAUCUGAAUAACAGAAAGACAGUCAAAAUCGGGUUUCUAUAGUAUUUUAAAUAAUUAAAUAUGAAACAUUAAGUGUCUUUUUUUAUCAAAUAUUGUUAUUUUGUUGUCCCAUUUUUUAGACUAUUAUAAAUUAAUUUUUUAACGAGGAACGGUCUUGCUCGAAGUAUGAACCCGCAAUCUAGUGUGUGUAUCGAUCCAGCUGAAAAUUAGACUGGGGUAAAUGCCUAAUUUGCUGUCCCCUAAUUGACUAACCUGAUUUAAAAUGAUUUAGGUAAUUACAUAUGAUUUUAUAUAAUUUUUUGUUUUGAUGGGUAGAAAAUUUUAAUUUUGCAUCUCCAAAUAUUUUAUUCCAGUUAUUUAUAUGAUAUACCUCCUAUAGAUAUUAUCAUGUGACAUUACUCCGAUAUAUUGGAGUAUUAUCAGAGGGACUGAGUGGCCGAGUCGAUAAUGUGGUAAUGCUUGACGCGAACUGCAUUGGAUUUGAAACUCGGUCACGGGCGGCUUCAUUUGCUGAGUGAGAGAUCAGUUUGGUAAUUGGAAUCACCAUCCUUCGCUCGGACGAUGUACUAACCACUCAACUUGGAGUAUCAAUGGUUAAGAAACCUUUAGAGGAGGCCCUAAUGGGCUUAUAAGCUGUUAAAUAUAUAUAUAUAUAUAUAUAUAUAUAUAUAUAUUAGAGUAAUAUCAUAUCACUUACGUAAAAAUAUAAAUAUAAAUAAUCGAAUAUAGCGAUAUUUAUUUUGAUGAUAAUUACUAACGAUAUUUUCGACUACCUGUGGCGUGCAAAUUACAUACCUUUAUUUUAAUGCAGAAUCCUUAGGAUUUAAUAGGAAUUAAAUACUCUAUACCUAUUUAAACUAAAAUGUACAUAAUAAAAUUUUGUAUACACGUAUUUAAUUCAAGGGAUACAUUUCAAUUUUCAGAGAAAAUAUUUUGUAACAGGGUAUUCACUAUUUUAGGCCACGAAAGAAUAGUAGUUACUUUUCAAAGAAGUUUUUUCUUUACAAGUACUCUAAGUCAAUUUAUAAAAACCUUAAGUGAUUUCAAAUUGAAUUUGGUCUGCAAAUAUUUAUUAUUUACCCAUCACCUUUUAUAAUACUAAACAAAGAAGUUCUUAAGUAUAUCCAAGUUUCUUAUGAUAUUAUAACCUCAUAAGUACAUAUAAUAAAGGAGACUCGUUACCAUUACGUUAACAAUAAUUUUAUAAUCAGUUAUAAGUAAAUAAAAAAUAAUAUUACAACUAACAUUUGUAUAUAAUAACCGUAUUUCAACACAAUAAUAUUUUCAUAUGUUUUAUGUAUAAUAUUUAUAUUUGUAUGUAUAAUUAUUUAUAAUUUAUAUAUAUAUUUAUUAUGCUUGUCUACAUUUUUAAUAAAAUAACUGUAAUAAUUAUAAUUAUUUUUAUGUUAUACAAAGCUUAGCAACAUCAAUAACAACUAUCUAUGUAUAGUGUAAAAAGCUUAUAAACUACAAAAAAAUAUUUUUAAAUAAAAAUAAGUAAAAAUCAAAACAUAACUAGAGUAUAUAUUUAUCUUUUAACAAUUAAGUAACUUAUUUAUAAACUUUUAAAAAUAAUUGUCGUACAUCUCUUUGUAUAAUUUCAAGUAUAGUUUUUAUUAUGUAACGUAUAUUUUGCACGUAGUGAGUGCGACGUGCAUGGUAUUUUUCAGUUACUGAGCAUUUAUAUUUUUUGAAAGCUUCUAUGCGUGUAGUUGAUUUAUUGAUGGUAUUAGUAAGCAAAAACUGAUAAGUACUCAGUCUCAUUGAACGAUAAAUCAUUAUUCAUGCUACGUUAAUUUUUGUCUAAAAAAAUAUUACAAGUAAUAAAAAUGACUUCAAAAUUUGAUCUAAAUCAUACAUCAACUGUAUUUUCUAUAGCUAUAUAAAAAAUAAAACUUUUGCAAAAAUUUUUUGUUUCCACGAGCACAAUAUAAUUAAAAAACGAUUUAUUUAUUUAGUAUAAAAUAAGAUGGCGCUGCAAUUCGUGUUUUCCCGUUAGACUAUUAAUAAAUAUUCAAUGUUAUUUACAAAUAGCCAUUUUAAUAUGAGCAACUAGACUUCACUCGAGGUUUUUUAUCUUUAGAAUUUUGUAUAACAAUCAAUAAUAAUUUUUUCUUUUUUACCAACGCUCGUAUUGUCAUAAUUAUUUAGGAACACGAUCCACAUAUUAGUGGAAAAAAAACGAGCCCCGGAUGGUGUAGUAUUGUUUUUCCCUUUCAUACUGAUAUGUGGGCGGAAAUUAGAGUCGUGAAUAAAUAAAAUAUAUUAAAUUUACACAGCUAAAGGACGAAUGAACCACAAAACAUGCAAAUACUAACGUAGUAUAUAGUUGUACUAGUAAUAGUAGUAGUAGUACGUAUAAAUAUUAAGAGUAAUAAUUAGUAAUGACUAGUUUUUUUUUUUU